AUGCCUGUAACGGCCGAAAAUAUGCUGGGAGUGAAUAUCGCAUCUGCAACAGCUACCUCAACUUCUUCAUCGGAGAAAUCCUCAUCUAAUCAUUUCCUCGGCGGUGGCGCUAAAGCAGGGAUCAGUAUCGGUGUUGCAGUGGGUGCCAUUGCUAUAAUUGGGAUCUUAGCCUUUAUCUAUUUAAUGAAUAAGCGUACUCAAGAAAUGUCAAAAAUAUUGAUCCUCUGCGCUACAUUGCGUGUCAACUUUGCCGUAAUCAUCACAGAGUAUAAUUUCUGGCAAUGA